GUGUUAACCCCCAGUAUACCACUCCAUGGCCUCCGACCAGCGCGCCGAGCCCGUCAUCGACGCGGAGACCGCCAGGAAACUGUCCCUCUUCCGACCUCUAGGCUAUCAACGGAACACUUGUGGUUAUUGCAAGUCCCAGACCGGCACUGCUGCCUACUAUGCCAGCUCGCUAGUCGUACAGCCGGCUCACUAUGAGGAUCUCGUCAAUCGCGGUUGGCGCAGAUCGGGAACGCUGUAUUACAAGCAGAACCUACAGCGGUCAUGUUGUCCCUACUAUACGUUGAGACUGGACGUCUCGACAUUCCGGCCCAGGAGAGACCAUCGUAAGGCCGUGAACCGGUGGACCAAGUUUGUCCUGGGUCCAGAGUAUAUCCGCAAAGCGGCACGGUUAUGUCCUCGCACGCGAGAAGAGAAGAAGCGUCGGAAGACAAAGUUUGAUCUCCUGUCUGCCGUUCACGAGGUGGAAUACGGUAAUAUCCAGCGGCCCGUUGAUCCUAAGACCAAACGGCCGCUGGAGCCGGCGCAUCGGUUCGAAGUCAACAUCGAAGGCGAUUCCAUCUCACAAGCCAAGUUCGAUCUUUUCGUCAAAUAUCAGACUAAAGUCCACAAGGAGGAUGUUUCCAAAUGGAAGACCAAGGAUUUUGAACGAUUCCUAUGUACUGGUAUCAAACGAUCUCCCGCCAGUGCAGAUUCGACGGAAAAGAAGCUUGGGUCCUGGCAUCAGUGCUACCGACUGGACGGGAAGCUCAUUGCCGUGGCGGUCUUGGACCUGAUGCCGAAUGGGGUCAGCUCCGUGUAUAUCUUCUACGACCCGGACUACGAGCAGUGGGAAUUUGGAAAGCUGAGUGCCAUGCGGGAGAUUGCCUUUGCAAUCGAGGGCUCCUACCAGUACUAUUACAUGGGAUUUUACAUUCACUCUUGCCAAAAGAUGCGUUACAAAGCCGACUAUCGACCACAGUAUAUUUUGGACCCCGAGAGUUACACCUGGGACCCGCUUGAUGGUGAACUCCGCGAGAAACUCGACCGUCGCCCCUACGUCUCUCUGUCACAUGAUCGCCAACAGGCGUCGGAGGGCGGCGAUUCCACAGCCCCCACGACAGAGGCAGCUCCCGCCGACCAGGACGAGGAAGACAUGUCCCUGUUCGACCUCCACAUGCCGGGCGUGAUGACCGUCGAGCAAGUCAAAGCGGUAGAUCUAGGCCACUGGCUUCUUUUGAUCCAUGGAAGUUUCGUCCAUAUGAAUGAUCUCGUCCGGUGGGAGGAAAUGUCGAUGCGCAGUCCGCAGUCCGUCAAGGGAAUCGUAGCGGAAUUGGCGGCCACGUUGGGGCCAGUGGUGGUCAAGGAGAGCGCGGUGGUUUUAUUUGAUUGAACCAGUACCUUUUUUUUUUCUACUUGUCUAUGGCUAUGGCUGGAGUAGAACAGUGAAC